AUGGGUAAAACAGCACCGAGUAUUAAAGCAGCAGCUGGAAAAACACCAACAAACGAUACUACACCAAUUACAAGUGGAGAAUUAAAUGAUCCAUUUCAAGUUCAAAAAAAAAAUAUUCGUACAGCUGCCCUGAUCGUUUGUACUUUUACAUAUUUAAUUAUUGGAGCUUGUGUAUUUGAUGCACUUGAAGAUGCUCCAUUUACAGAUCGAAAACAUCGUUUAGAACGAAAAUUUGCUCAAUUUAAACAUGAUCAUAAUAUGACUAAUGAAACAUUUCGUCAAUUAUCCGAUUUAAUUAUGAAUAAAACAAUUGUUCGUCAUAAAUGGAAAUUUUAUGAUAGUUUUUAUUUUUCAACUGUUGUCUUAGCUCUUAUUGGUUAUGGUCAUCGACAAUUAAUAACAUCACGUGGAAAAAUUUUUUGUAUUUUUUAUGCUAUGUUAGGUAUACCAAUGUGGUUAAUAACAUUUCAAUCAACAGGUGAACGAUUAAAUUCACUUUUAAGUUAUGUUCUUGCUCGACUUAAACAUUCAUUACAUAUGAAACAAACUAAAAUAACUGAUGGAGAAUUACUUAUAACAGAAUCAUUAUUAUCAAUAGUUAUACUUGUUAUAGGUGCAUUUGUUUUUUCUAAAUAUGAACCAUGGUCUUUUUUUGAAUCAUUUUAUUAUGGUUUUAUAACAUUAACAACAAUCGGUUUUGGUGAUUAUGUUGUUUUACUAAAUAAUCAUCGUGAUAAAGAUUUUAUAUAUCAUGCUGAAUAUUUUUUUUUCUGUAUGGCAUUUAUUUUUCUUGGUCUUACUGUUCUUGCAUCAUCAAUGAAUUUACUUGUUAUACGUAUUGUUGCAUUUUAUUCUCAAGAACGUUUACUUGAAAAACUUCGUCAAGAAGAAGCAGCUAAUCAAGCUGUUUUACUUAAAGGUGAUGUUAUUUGUUCAACAAAUACAGGAAAACAACGUUCAACAACACCAGUUAUGGCUGAAAUGACAGUAAAUCAACAACAACAAUUAUUAUUAAAUUCUAGUCAAACAUCUGUAUGUUCAUGUACAUGUAUGGAAACAUUUAGUGAAUGGAGACAAACAAGAAGAAAACGUGCAAAAUGGAAAAAACAACAACGAAAUGGAUUAAAUAAAUCAAUGAAAAAGUCUGAGUCAACAUCUUCACUUAAUCGAAUGUAUGCAAUUAGACGAAGUUCUGUAUAA